UUCCUGUGUUGGUUGUUUUGAUGUAGAGUGUACUGUAGCAUGAAUCUGCAGUGAUUUUCUCUGAAGUACAAUCUCUGGACACUAGCGUUUGGUAGCCUACUCCUGUCCUGUUUGGACACAGACCAAACUGUGAUUAAGGUUCGGAGAACUAACUCUAACUCUGCACUGUAGAAGUCAAUAGAGCAGAAAAAAACAUAUAUAACGUACUGCAGGACCAUUUAAUGAUGUGUUGCAGGCCCACAUUAGCUUUCUGAGAGAUUUGUAGAUCUCAAAAUAUUCAAGGUUUCCAACCUUACUGUUGAGUAUGACGAGUGCAUGUGUCUAAUAGAAUACUGUACGCUGUUGUAAUUAUCAUCCCACUCUCUUGAUGGCGCUCUUUUUUUAAUGUCUGACUCGUGGAUGCUAUGUCGUGUCUCACCCUCUCUAUGCCAGUGGAACUGGAGUAUUGGGUCAGAGCCGAGAGGUGUGUAGGCAUGCGUGUUCGCGUUUGUCUGUGUGAGGGGAAGAAGGAGAGAGAGAGAGAGUGUGUGUGUAUGUAUGUAUGUGUGUGAGUUAGAGUUGGAGCUCAGAGAGAGAGAGAGAGUGUAGUGGUGAAAUGGGGAGAGAGAGAGAGAUGAAUCCAAGCUGACAGCUUUCUUAAUAGAGCAUGACUAACUCGGCCAGAGAAGCAGGGAACCGUCGGAUUAAAGCAGCAUUUUCAGUCUAUAUUUUUUAUUUUUAGGAUUGGACUAUAUUAUCGACAAUAGAUCGGUUUAUGAAAGGACAGUUAAUAAUGGAUCAAGGAAUAAAAUUAAAAUGGUCGCUGCGUUUUUUACUGUUCAGCCUCGUUUUUGGUUUUUCGUUCGGAGAAGUCCGUUACGUCCUUCCAGAGGAGAUGCAGCGGGGGUCGGUUAUCGGGAAUGUUGCGCGGGACCUGGGGCUGGAAGUGACCGAUCUUAAUGCUCGACGAGCCCGUGUUGUUGCAGAAGGAACACGCCAGCUGUGUGAACUAGAGACUGCGUCAGGCAACCUUUUGAUCAGCCAACGGAUAGACCGAGAGGAGCUCUGCGCGCAAGCCAGUGUCUGCAUCUUACAGUAUCAGCUCUUACUCGAAGACCCUCUUCAAGCAUACAGCUUAGUUUUGGAUAUUACCGAUAUAAAUGACAACAGCCCGGUGUUCGCUGCUACGGAGAUUAAACUAGAUUUAGUCGAAUCCACCGUUCUGGGGAGACGCUUCCCCUUGGAGAGCGCGCAUGACCCCGAUUUGGGAACGAACUCAGUCCGCGAAUAUAAACUGAACCUGAAUGAUCACUUUGCGUUGGAAAUGAGUUCCCAAAUUAACGGCAAUGCGUAUCCGGAAUUGGUUCUUAAAAAAGCUUUAGACCGGGAGGCACAAGCUGAACAUGUAUUGAAAAUCAAUGGAAUUGAUGGGGGGAAUCCAGUCAGAUCGGGAACUGCUUCCAUUCAUAUCCGUGUCUUGGACGCCAAUGACAAUGUCCCAGUUUUCAGCCAACGAGUUUACAAAGCCUCUGUGCCAGAGAACUCGGCCAUCGGGACUGUCAUAGCAACACUGAAUGCCACGGACUUGGAUGAAGGUGUUUAUGGAGAGUUAACGUAUUCUUUCAGUCAUCUGUCAGACAAGAUGGGGGGAGUUGUUGAAAUUAACCCUCUGAGUGGAGAAGUUCGUGUGGCAGGUCUUAUUGACUAUGAAGAGGCUAGUACGCACGAACUGGAUGUUCAGGCUAAAGACGGUGGUGGUCAGGCCUCUCACUCUAAACUUAUAAUUGACAUCAUUGAUCUAAAUGACAAUAAACCUGUGAUAGAGAUAAAGUCAACCUCUGCUAACGUGGCUGAAGACUCGAAACCGGGAACUAUGGUUGCUCUGAUAAAUGUUUAUGAUCUGGACACUGGGAGCAGUGGGCGUGUCACGUGCACAAUCUCAGACAAUGUUCCAUUUAAAUUUGUGUCAGAGGUCAAAAACUAUUACAUGUUGGUGACCGACGGAAUACUAGACAGAGAAUUUCAGCCAGAGUACAACAUCACAGUCACUGCCACUGAUGCGGGCUCUCCCUCACUCUCUAGUGUAAAAGUUAUAAAGAUCGUGGUUCAUGAUAUAAAUGAUAACCCCCCAACUUUUACGCAAAGCGAGUACGUUGCCAACAUCUUGGAAAACCAACCCGUUGGCACAUUUGUGAUAAAAGUUACAGCAGAGGACAUUGACGACGGGUCUAAUGCUAAAAUAUUCUACCAAAUAUCAAGGGACACAAACUCAGAAGUGUCCUCCUUCCUUACCAUCAACACAGAAACAGGAGAGCUCUUCACAUCACGCCUCUUUGAUUACGAGCUGUCAGUUCACUUCCAAAUUAAGGUGACAGCUCGAGAUGGAGGCGAUCCUCCACUCUCCAGCACCUGCACCGUAAACGUUUUUAUCAAGGACCAAAAUGACAAUGCACCUGUUGUCCUAUAUCCAGUCCAAACCACCGGGUUCAUUGCUGAGGAUAUAGUACCAGCUGAAGCGCCCAAAGGUUACCUGGUUACGAAGGUGGUAGCUGUGGACGCCGACUCUGGCCAUAACGCCUGGCUUUCCUACAGAAUAAUCCACGCAACGCGGCCCGACCUGUUUAUGGUCGGUCUGCAUACAGGAGAAAUCAGAACUAUGCGAGCAUUUGUGGAGGAUGAUGAACCGAAACAAACUGUUUUAGUUUCAGUGACGGAUAAUGGACCAGAAUCUCUCUCUGCUACUAUUACAGUCAGUGUCGUCAUUGGAGAAGGACUGCCUGUUUUAAACGAACUCUUUGAAUUUGCAGAUGAACCACGGGAGAGCGAUAACUUAACUCUGUAUUUGAUUGUCGCCCUGGCAGCCGUUUCCUCUCUUUUCAUCCUUUUAAUCAGUGGAGUGUUUUAUUUCAAACUCUGUCGGCGUAGUUAUGUUUACCGUUCAACCGCCGCUAGUCUCCCUGUUUUCCCCAUGGCCUACUGUACCCCUAAUUUUACAGAUUUAAGCCGCUGUGGGACCCUGCUCAAAGAUGAGCGAUAUGAUUCAUUCUUGACCACUGGGUCGUGGAGAGGUGAUUUUCGUUUCGCCUCAAACACAGACACUGACACACUUAAGAAAAGAAGUGCAGCCUAUCAAAAAAACACCCUAAGGCGAGCUAGUACAGACAGAGCUACUUUGAAGAUGAGGGCAGGUGCGCCGCAUCCUUGUUACGUGGUCAAAUGAAACUAGGACCUUUUGACUUGCAAAUAUGUUAUAGUUACAGUAUACGUUUUACCAUGGUUGUAUAAAAUUUCUAGUGGAAUACAUAUUGUGGUUGUGUAUGUUUAAAAUGUGAACAUUUUCCAACCGAAACACUUUUGCAUGCACACUUGUUAAUGCAUCAAAAUGUUUUGUUUCUAUUUGCAACAUCAUCCCCCAAUAUCCCAAACCUGAACCACGACAAUCAUAACGUUGUAGAUAGUAGCAUAGAAAAUAGUAUCAUUGUGGCAUAAAUAAAGUAAUUAUUCUGUCCAGAUAAGUUUUGUUUUAGAUUGUUUUUAUCAAAGGCCAAAAAAGUUUGUAACAAACGGUAUGCCUCCGUGAGAGGGAUAUAAGCUAUUUAAUAUAUUUAAUUCAGGCUAAUGUGUCUCCUUUUGAAAUUGCUGUAACUUCGCUGUAACUUCACUAUUACUUCUGAUCGUGCGUAAGCUGAGGAAUUGCAGUGUAGACUGUUCAUCUUUCGCUUUGCUCUGGCAUAUUUCUCUGUUCCUAUGUUUAUGUUAUUGUCUAAAAUGGCCUUAUUGUCAUUUUUUUGAUGUAGCAAAGUCUUGAUAACGCUACGUUGUGGUUUUAAGCAAUAAUACAUGAUUUUUUGUGAGACAGGCAUAACAAAAGCUUUGCACUUAAUGCUAUGUAAUUGAACAAUAUGUGAAUAGACUAUGACUGUGUACUAAUGACAAAUAAACUUCAAGAAGAGAA